AUGUGGCAGAUUGUUUUCUUUACUUUGGGCUGUGAUCUUCUUUUGGCCGCAGCCUACAACAACUUUCGGAAGAGUGUGGACAGCACAGGGAGAAAGCAGUACCAGGUCCAGCACGGGCCCUGCAGCUACACAUUCCUGCUGCCCGAGAUGGACAGCUGCCGCUCUGCCUCCAGCCCCUAUGUGUCCAAUGCUGUGCAGAGGGACGCACCCCUCGACUACGACGACUCCACGCAAAGGCUGCAUGUGCUGGAGAGCAUGCUGGAGAACAACACGCAGUGGCUGAUGAAGCUUGAGAGCUACGUCCAGGACAACAUGAAGAAGCAGAUGGCAGAGCUGCAGCAGAACGCCGUGCAGAACCAGACGGCUGCGAUGCUCGAGAUCGGGACAAGCCUACUGAACCAGACAGCAGAGCAGACGCGGAAGCUGACGGAUGUGGAAGCCCAGGUAUUAAAUCAAACAACAAGACUUGAACUUCAGCUUCUAGAGCAUUCCCUUUCUACAAACAAGCUAGAAAAACAGAUUUUGGAUCAGACCAGUGAAAUAAGCAAGUUACAAGAUAAGAACAGUGUCCUGGAGCAGAAAGUGCUGGACAUGGAGGACAAGCACUCAGUGCAGCUGCAGUCCAUGAAGGAAGAGAAGGCAGAGCUCCAGGUGCUCGUGUCCAAGCAGAACUCCAUUAUCAAGGAGCUGCAGAAGCAAUUAGUCACAGCUACCGUGAACACCUCGGCCCUGCAGAAGCAGCAAAUGGACCUGAUGGAGACUGUCCAUAACUUAAUGACAAUGAUAGCACCGAAUGCUAAGAAUCCUGUUACUGCUGAGGAAGAACAGAUCAUUUUCAGAGACUGUGCAGCGGUUUUCAAAGCCGGGCACACCACCAGUGGUGUCUACACCCUAACAGCCCCAAACUCCACAGAGGAGAUAAAGGCCUACUGUGAUAUGGAGACAGGCGGAGGUGGCUGGACAGUGAUUCAGCGCCGCGAGAAUGGCAGUGUUGACUUUCAGAGGACCUGGAAGGAAUAUAAAGUGGGGUUCGGGAACCCUGCAGGGGAGCACUGGCUGGGGAACGAACUGGUGUCCCGUCUGACGAACCUGCAGGGCUAUGUGCUCAGGAUCCAGCUGCAGGAUUGGGAGGGCAGCGAGGCGUAUUCGCUGUACGACCACUUCUCCCUGGCCAGUGAGGACCUCAAGUACCGGAUUCACCUUAAAGGACUCACAGGCACAGCCGGCAAAAUAAGCAGCAUAAGCCAACCAGGAAAUGAUUUUAGCACAAAGGAUGCAGACAACGACAAAUGUAUUUGCAAAUGUUCACAAAUGCUAACAGGAGGCUGGUGGUUUGAUGCCUGCGGCCCUUCCAACCUGAACGGAAUGUACUAUCCACAACGGCAGAACAUGAACAAGUUCAAUGGGAUUAAGUGGUACUAUUGGAAGGGAUCUGGCUACUCGCUCAAGGCUACCACCAUGAUGAUCCGGCCAGCAGAUUUCUAGGUGCUGGAGCCCACCCCAGGGAGAGCCCUGUACCGUUCCCAAGGCAGAUCCAAAGCGCUGCACCUACUACCACCUGCUAUCCUGUCUCCCACAGCAGGGCCCUGGCCGAUGGGUCCACAAGCUCCUGACUGUAGUUGAGUCCGGAAUAGCAGUCAUAAGGAACCAAAGCAAAACCCAAGGCCAGAAGCAAGCUGGCAGAGUGUGCGGGUAGCACACCUACACGGAGAUGACAACUCACAGACUCUGCUGUCACAACGAAGAAUGUCAUGUGCGCGUUAAUCAGUAAAUAACUGGAAAACAGAACCCUUGACAUUAUAUAGCACAGAUAAUCUUGGAACUGCAUUCCUCCAAGCAUUGUUUAUAGACUGUGUAAAUAUCCAUGUGUCCUGAAUUCAGCAUCACUGUCACAAUUAAAAGGAAGUCAGAAUUUUCUAAGCCAUCAAAAUACAAUAUAUAUUCAGGGAUUUUUCUGAGAAGUGCUUAUUACAGUUUACCAUUUGGAAAAACAUAGUGCAGUUUAACUCCUCUUACGUGCUUUAGGUCUGUAUUUUAAAUACAUCAUAUUUACAUAUCUCUUGACAGCUUAAUUCUAAGUUAAUGCUCAGAUACAUACUUCAAGUUUAUAUGGUAUGAACUUCUACGAUCUUUAAAAUUACUAAUAGAGGUAAUUGCUAUUUGGGUUUAUAUGAAGAGUGUACUAUUUUUAUUCUGCCUGACUGUUAAAUAUGAAGGUAUUUUUAGUAAUGAAAUGUAACUUAUUGAGAUAUGUUUAACUUUUAUGAUUAUAAGUUCUAUAAUUUGGUUAUGAAACAACUGUGCCCAUGACAAAAAGUUUAAUUUUUAAUGAAGGAAAUUAUACAUUUAAGUCUAUGACAAAGACACUUUUUUCUCACUAGAAUGGCAAUGUGGUCUAUUUUCUCAUCUAGCUAGAUUUAUUUUAUGGACUAAGCUUAAAUUUAAUUUGUGGUUGAGAAAAGCAAUUCAUCUGAGACAUUUACGAAGCUAUACUGCUCAAGAUUUUACUUAUUUAAGAAACAAAUAAUCUGCAUGAAAAAGAAUGUUUGACUUCCAUCAGCACCCUGAAAGGAAAGAGUGUUUCAGAGAACAAACUCCUAUGCUCAGAGUAUACCCAAAGUGCACAGAGAACUUUUGAGGGUGCAGCUUUUCUCUUAGGACUGCAAAGUCUUGGCUCCUACAGUGUUAGCUUCUUUGGAAGCUCCUGUCAGUCUGCAUAAUGAACGUCUGCAUAAUAUUCAGAAGCAGUUCCUCAUGGUCACUCUGAGGUAGGAGCUAGGAAGGGAGCUGGCACUUCCAGUGUGUACCUCCAUGUCUUCCGGCCCUACGCUUCCCCUUUAUUCUGCCUUCUCCUGUAUUCGGCUCACCCUGCACUGCAAGUGUGGCAUUAGGGCAAGUGGUGCUGCUCAGAGCUGGCCUGGCCUAUGCAUGCUGAUCGCCUGCAGGCUGUCGUCCACGCUGCUCCCCAUAGUCAAGUUCCCCUUAGGCCUUCCUGGCUGAGAGCCGAUCCCACUGUGGCAUUUGACUCAAAAACUCAAUGAGGCUCUAAUAAAUCCACAUUUGGUUUUUAAGAAUUCUGGUAACUAGAACACUUCUCAGGUUCAAAAGCCCAUGUAAGUUUGUAGUAUCUCUAUGGCCAUAAUGACAGAUGCUGAGGUAAGAAAAUGGUAACACAAAAAACUGGCAACAAACCACUAUAUCAAUUUCUCAUGUAGGCAGGAAAAACAAAUUUCAAAGACAAACUACUGUGUUACUCAGAGUUAUAUAUAAUCUCAUUUGACAGAGAAUGAGAGGAAUUUGUGUUUUUACUUUACACUUCAAUUCCUUAUGCUGUAUUUCAAACAAAGGGUCCUGCUGAGAGGAAUUUUUUCUCUCCUUAGGAAAACAUUUACAAAGUUGAAAGGAAAUCAAAACAGUAAUCCUAAAAAUGAAAACAAAAACAAUGCAGUGACCUAGAAAGUUGCAGUGACUAUACUUAGAGUUCAGCGCCCCACUACGUCACAGCCAGCGGUGACUUGGGCAGUCACGCAGUACAGAGGGAGGAUGGUGCAGCCAGGCCACCAAUCUCCUGACAGAAUCAGCUAACACAGCAGCCAACAACUCUGAAAAUGAAAGCUGACUUCUUACUGCUGUGCUUCCAAUAAAAUGUCAGAUGACGCACGUCGUUACUGCUUAAUCUUUGAAAAAAACAGAUCCUGGAACUUCCCCAUUAAACACUUGAAACACUUAAAAGUCAGUUACACCGAAGUGGAGUUUAGGAAAACCAUCAAAAUAUAAAGAUUAUAUUAAAAUGCUAACAAGCCACCAUUUUUAUAUAUCUCAGCUCUACUUUUAAAGGCAUUUGUGUUUAAAACAGCAUGAAAGAUACAAUGCCACCUUCCCAAGGGUAGUUUUUUUUUUUUUUUUUUUUUUUUUUGGUACCAGGGAUCGAACUCACAACUGUGUGCUUGCAAGGCAGGCGCUUAUGCCGCUGAGCUGAAUCCCCAGCCCCAAGAGUACAGUUUUUAAAAUUACUUUUGCUUUCCUCAAUCCUAAGAGCUUUUCCUAUCUAAACUUUCUUGAGAUCACAUUUUUUACUGCAAUUUUACAGAGUAUCAUCACAUUCUCAAUAUGAUCUCAUAAAUAAAAGGCAUUAAGUUC